AUGGGAAGGCGCUGGAUGAAUAGGCACUCAUAUGAGUCAUGUGGUCCCUCCAGAUGCUCUGAGGAGACGGACCCUGUGUCUGGUGCUGGGUGUGUUGUUGCUGUCCCUGCUCAUAGUGGCCACAGGACUCUACGUCUCCACAGCCACAGAGAGUCUAAACACCACGGGAUGCCCCUCAGGAUUUGUUUUUGUCUUUGCAUCUAUCCUCAGUCUCCUUGGCUUAUCUCUGAGGGGGAACCGCCAACAGCUGCUCAGAGCAGCCAUAUUUUUCUUCAGUCUCGGUAUCAUAGUGUCAUCCAUAAGUCUUGUGUUGGAUGGAUACUUCAUUCUCCCCAGCAUCGAUGUCCGGCCCAUAAGGGCUGGCAGGUGUCAGUUCUACUCAAGUGGACGUGGCUUCAUCUAUGAAAACCACUACAGCACAGUUCCAUGCCGAGGCCUGACGGAGUCUUGUUUUAUGAUGGUGCGCAGUGGAACCUGUUACUGCUGUGAUCUGUAUGACUGUGCCAACGGUGGAUACCUUGACAAGCACUAUGAGUUUGUGGGCGUGCAGGGAUGCCAGGAAGUGUUGUUUGUGUACAGACUCAUCUGGGUUGUCGCUGGGCUGAACUUGCUGGUCCUGGUCCUGGGACUCCUUGCUUCUGCCAUGCUUGGCAACAUCAAGGCACUGGUAAGAGAAAGAAUGCUCGAACAGAUCCAGGGGGAUUUGAGGGCAAACGUCCAGAUAGCGCAGGAGAUAAGUGCUUAAAUCUCAAGACAACAGAUAACAGAAGUAUGUGAACUAGUAGGUCAGUGUGUUUAAAUGUGGUAUCACAGACUGAUUUUGUGUUUUGUGAAUGUUUUUUUUUUUUACACGUGUAUCUCAAUUUUGCAUUAACCCAAUACAGGAUGGCAGUCAUGGAAUGGACAAAACUACAGAGGAGAUAAAUCUGUGGGACACUCAAUGUUUUCAAAAUGCCACAGCUCCCCCACUCCCUGCACAUGUGAAUGACAACACCCCUCUUCUUCCAACGGAUCAGUCCAUAUAUCAGCAGAAUGGAAAUAUGCUUCUGCCACUUGACCCGGUCAGGCUCCACAUUUAACUGUGUUAGUCUCUCUCUCUUUCUGUCUGUCCAUUUACCACCUCUGAUAAAGCCUCACAGCCAU